AUGCGUUGUGAUACCUGUGGGAAAAUAUUUUCAAGAGCCAGCAACCUUAACUUACACGUGAAAGAACAACAUGCAUCUGAUCUUGAGUGUUUAAAGUGUAACUUUUGCCAGAGGACAUUUACCAGAAUCUAUAACUUACGGAGACACUACAGACUUGUAUACAAACUAGAUGGAACCACAUUGAGUGAAGCCAUGGAUCGGAAACGAUAUUCGGUGAAAAGACAAAGUUACGAAGAGGCUCAGAAACCUGUGUACGUUUUGAGCGAACAGUACGAGAACAUAUCCUCCGACGAAGAAUUUACCACAGAGAGUGACAGAGAUGAACAGCCAAAACAGCAAAGUGAACUUGAUUUCUUAGAAGACAUGUCGUUGGAUUCGGGUGAUAUACCAUCAGACGACUUUGUGAGGGACUUGUUGGACGCCGGGAACCUGACUCGACCUGAGGAGGAGGACAUAGACGAUGAGGGACGUAGUGAAACUCCCGAGAGUCGCGUGAAUUACGAGACCAUGUCCGAGCGUGAAGAAAGUGACAAUGAACACAACAAUGUGACGCAAGUUAAAUCAACGAUUUGUUUAGUUCUUAAUAAAGUGACCACUACCUUUCCUGAUGGAAAAAUUGAAGUUAGUAGGGAUUCACAAAUCUUAUAUUCCGAAGACAUUAAUCCGGAAAAUGUUGACUUUAAUUCCGUGGCCAGUGAAGUGUUCGAGGAAGUGCAAGAACAUUUCCGAGAAGGGAAAACGCGUGUUAUGAGAGGAGACUUUUCUAUGUAA